AUGUGCACAGAACCUUUUUGUCGCCUCGACACACGGCUUAGGUCAUACAAGGCAAGCACACGUUAUCAUGGCUGGCGCAUGGGUGUCCUGAUCGGCAGCUGCAUGUUAGCUUCUAUCCUAUACUUUAACAUUGUGGUGUUGAUCGUUGCGGCCACUAAGGGAUCGGGCUUCAAGGAAGGCUUCGCAGAGCCUUUCUCCUCUGACCCUCAGCGCAUGUCUCGACUCAGCAGUGCAAUUCACAUUGUCAUUAACGUACUCAGUACUUUGUUUUUGAGUGCAAACAACUACAUUAUGCACGUCUUAAGCUCGCCUACACGGGCAGGGGUCGACAGAGAGCAUAGGAAAGGGAAAUGGUUCGACAUUGGUGUCCUUCCUAUUCACAACUUCAGAAGACAUUGA